AUGACGGGCAUCGAGCGCUAUGGGUCUUCAGGCGCGCACACAGUGGAGGGCAACGUGGCCGGGUCCAGGGCUUCGAAGCUGAGCAAGCAGCGCGAAAUGCAGCAGAAGGAAUACGAAGCCAAGCGCCUGGACAUCGAAAAGACCAACCGUCGAGGAACGCGCAUCGACGAGAACUUCCAGUCGCACCAGGACGACGACGAGAGCGAGUUCAAGGCAUGUCUUGGCGAUCGUCAAACGGUGGGGUUGGUGACAGCAGAGGAAUUUCGAAAGAAGCGCGAGAACCUCCAGAACCGCAAAAGCUCUCGAGUUGAUGUGCAAUCAGAGGAGCAGCAGAAGGAGCCGAAGAAGAAGAAGAAACGAAAAGCCAAAAAGAUGGGUCCACUGUCGUUCGACAUGGACGACAAUGACGCAGACGAGGAGGAGACUACGAGGCCUACACGCGCUAAGAAAAGCAUCAAGAAUCCGAAUGUGGAGACGGAUUUCUUACCCGACAAGGAACGCGAAAAAGAGGAGGCUCGUGAGCGACAGCAGCUUCGUGUCGAAUGGGAAGUGGAGCAAGAACGCAUCAAAAAUGAAGAUGUUGCAGUAACGUAUAGCUACUGGGAUGGCUCUGGACACCGUCGGGAGAUCACGAUCCCAAAGAAGACAACAAUCGGCAAGUACCUCGAGCUUGUCAAGCAGCAACUGAUGACCGAAUUCGCUGAGUUGCGUGGUGUCAGUGCUGAAAAUCUGAUCUACAUCAAGGAGGAUCUAAUUAUUCCUCACCAUUACUCUUUCUACGAUCUGAUUGUGACCAAAGCUCGUGGAAAAAGUGGGCCUCUCUUCCACUUCGACGUGCACGACGAUGUUCGCCUUCUGCAGGACCGACGUGUUGAAAAGGAUGAGUCGCACCCAGGGAAAGUCGUUGAUCGGUAUUGGUACGAGAAGAACAAGCACAUUUUUCCAGCCAGUCGGUGGGAAGUGUAUGACCCUAACGUUGUUCGCGAGAAGUACACAAUCCACGGCGACUAA